GGGCGGGACCAGACAGGCUGGAUAAGUUACUUCCGGGUCGUUGACAGAAGCUUGAACUCGGUGGGGUAGUUCCUGGCGUGGUAGUCUUCCUUGCAUCUUCUUGUCUCAGCUCGAGAAAAUUGUGGUUUCUGCGAUGAGUUCCCAGAAAGGGAACGUGGCUCGUUCCAGGCCUCAGAGGCACCAGAAUACCUUUAGCUUCAAAAAUGACAAGUUUGAUAAGAGUGUUCAGACCAAGAAAAUUAAUGCAAAACUUCAUGAUGGUGUAUGUCAACACUGUAAAGAAGUUCUUGAAUGGCGUGUAAAAUACAGCAAGUACAAACCAUUAUCAAAGCCUAAAAAAUGUGUUAAAUGUUUACAAAAGACAGUGAAGGAUUCUUAUCACAUAAUAUGUAGACCGUGUGCCUGUGAACUUGAAGUUUGUGCCAAAUGUGGAAAGAAAGAAGACAUUGUUAUCCCGUUUAAUAAAGAACCAGAAAAGACAGAAAAUAUUGAAAAUAGUCUAUGUUCCAACCACAGAAGAAGGGGCCAAAGAAAUGAAGAGAGAGAUGAUGAUUUAGAUUUUGAUAUUGAUUUAGAUGACAAAGAAGAUGACAAUCAAAUGGAUUAAUAUAAUCAUGUUAAAAGUUUGAAAACAUGAAA